AUGCAGGGUAUUGCUAUUGAAUACAUUAUGGUAUGGUUAAAGCGCGCCGAGGAUACACUCGUCAACGCAGUCAACUUUCGUGCGUUUCUUAGGUUUGAGUUGGUUUGCAGCAAAACUGGGACGAUGAUUUCAGCACCGGUGGGCUACAUUAUGGAACUAGAUAAUCCCGCGAUGCGAAUCAGAGCGUUGUUCGUAGUCAUCACGUGGUGA